AAACAAGGCCCACGUACAUAUACAUAUAGAUAUCAGGAGUUCAAGACAGGUGUGUUCAACUACAGGAGAUAGAAAGGACUAGUAGCUGCAAAUUUGGAAUCAAUGGCUAUGUACUCUCAAACACUGUUGUUCCCUGUGAAAAAGCAAGCAAACAAAAUAAAUCGAUCCGUAUAGCUCUCUCUCUACCUAGCAGCUCUUCUUCCCGGCCGGGCACCAGCUACACCUCUACUGCUCAUCUGUACAUUGCACAAAGACCUGUGUGCUGUGUAAGACGUACACGUACUUUAUUGCUUUAUCUACCCCUAUGUACUUAAAGUUGCCUACUCAUAUAGAACUGUACAUACAUGAGAGCACUGUCUACUUGUCUAGCUAUACUUGUUAACUUUGGUCUUGGGUUGGGGGAGAGAGAGAAAGAGAGAGAGGUAGUAGAGCAGGAAUUCUCUACACCAACACCAGCUAGCCAAGAGUCCAAAGAGAGUCGUAGCAAGAGUAACUUUACCACUGAUUGAUCUCUUUCAUCAAUAUGGACAUAAAGUUGCACCUGCGCAAACACUAGCUAGAAUGAACCCCUGGACUGGACAGCUUGUAUUGGUAGCUAGCUCAUGUUGGAAACCUCUUACUACUAGCUUAGCAUGUACACUGUUCAUCCCCUCUAUCUCCAUCUAUGUGUGCUAGCUAGCCAGCUAAUCAAGCAGGGAAGGAAGAAGGGAAAAAAAAAAGAAGCAAAGAACACGCACAACAAGACAGCCUUAGCUUCCAAACAGUAGCACAACAGGCAUCACCACCUCUUCCUGCUGCCUCCCUAGGGUUUCCAACUUUCCUCAUGCAUAAAAACCGGCCCCCCUUGCUUCUCUCAUGCAUCACCCUCCCACUCUUGCUGCUGCUGCUAGCUACAUCCAUCCAUCUCACUCUCACACACAUUGCAUAUCCUUAGAAGCUAAGGAAUGAAGUCUCUUCUCUCCUUUGUUGCCUCCCAUAUGCAUGUUUCACAUCCAUUAUAUAUAUAAUGCAAGGCCUCCACUAACACACCCAAACAAAAAAAAAACUAAAGGGGGGAAUGAACAAACCCGCCCCCCCCCCCCCCCCCCCAUUCUCCUUUAAUUUUAUUCCUCUCGCUUUCGCCCUCCCAACGAUGGAUCCCAUCUCUUUCUUCCCCUAGCUUUCCUCCCUCCGGCGCCCAGCUUCUUCCUCUCCUGCCAGGCCCAGAGAGCCCUUCUCUCCUCUUCUUCGUCUUCCGCUUCGCCGUCAUUCCCUUCGAUCCACUUCCAGUCGUCGCGCGCGGCAGCGGCCAAGAGAGAGAGAGAGAUCAGCAGGCUCGCUAGUGGAUGUUAUUCUCCGAUCCACCUUUAUUAUCGAUGCACCCGGCCCUCCCCCAUCCUUGCAUGAUCCCCUAAUAAAGCGCCUAUAUACCCUUAUCUCGCAAAGCAAGAAGAGGCCGGCCGGCUCCCCUCCCAGUCCCAGUAGUGCGACUAGCUAGCUGCGAGAAGGAACAAACAAACCAGCUGCUGAAAAGAAGCUCUCACUCACUCACUCACAAGUAGCAAAAGAUCAAAAGAAAUCAAUUCUAUACCAUGGUCUUUUCUUCGGUUCCUGUCUAUCUUGAUCCACCCAAUUGGAACCAGCACCAGCACCAGCACCAGCCGCAGCAGCAGCAACAGCAAGCUCACCAUGGCCAGCUUCCAAGUGGCGGCGCCGGAGGAGGUGGAGGCGGCGGCAUGGAAGCGCAUGCGCAUCAUCAUCAUCAUCAUCAGCUGCCGCCGGUGCCACCUCCUGGCGGGGCUCUCAUGGCACCUCGCCCUGACAUGGCGGCUGUGGUUGCUGCGAGUGGCGGCGGCAGCACGCCCGGCGCCGGCGGCGGGCCGACUGCCGGAGGCUCCGCUAUCCGGCCGGGCUCCAUGACCGAACGGGCCAGGCUCGCCAAGAUCCCGCAGCCGGAGCCGGGGCUCAAGUGCCCGCGCUGCGAGUCCACCAACACCAAGUUCUGCUACUUCAACAACUACUCGCUCUCGCAGCCGCGCCACUUCUGCAAGACGUGCCGCCGGUACUGGACGCGCGGCGGCGCGCUCCGGAACGUGCCCGUCGGCGGCGGGUGCCGCCGCAACAAGCGCACCAAGUCGUCCAAGUCAAACUCGUCGUCGGCCGCCUCUGCUUCCGGCGCGGGCGGGACGUCUUCGUCUACCUCGUCCACCGCCACCGGCGGCAGCAGCGCGGGGGGCGCCUCUGGCGCUGGCAUCAUGCCGUCUCAUCAGGGGCACGGGCAUCUGCCGUUCCUAGCCUCGUUGCACCACCCGCUCGCCGGCGGGGAUCACUACAGCACCGGCGCGUCAAGGUUAGGGUUCCCCGGACUGAGCUCGCUGGACCCCGUGGACUACCACCAGUUCGGCGCCAGCGCCGGCGCCGGCGGCGCUGCCCUCGGGCUGGAGCAGUGGCGCCUGCCGCAGAUACAGCAUCAGUUCCCCUUCCUAAGCGGCCGCCCCGACGCCGUGCCACCGACAAUGUCUGGCAUUUACCCGUUCGACGUGGAAGGCCACGGCGGGGACGGUACCGGCUUCGCCGGCCACAUGCUGGGCGCCUCCAAGGUGCCCGGCUCAGCUGGGCUCAUCACGCAGCUGGCGUCGGUGAAGAUGGAGGACAACCCAGCGUCCGCGGCGAUGGCAAACAGCUCGCCAAGGGAGUUCCUUGGUCUCCCUGGGAACCUCCAAUUCUGGGGCGGCGGCAGCAACGGCGGUGCAAAUGGAAACAAUGGAGGAGGCGCUGGCAACGCCGGUGGUGGAGGCAGCGGCGGCGGCGGCGGCGGAGGAGGAGGCACUGUGGCUCCGGGCAGCAGCUGGGUGGACCUGUCAGGAUUCAACUCGUCUUCGUCCGGGAACGUGCUUUAAAAGGUAGUAGCCCUAUUUAUGCAAAGCCCUGAAGCUUCAUUUUAGUCAUGGCUUCUGAGAAAAAAAAAAUCAACAGAAAAGGAGUUGUGGUGCAAGAUCAUAGGGGCUAUCUAUAUCUGAUAGGUAUCGUCUGCGAUGAUGAUCGACGGCGGAGAUGGUGAAUUGGUAUCUAGAAAUGGUAGGCAAUCGAAAUUAGUUUCUGUUAUUAUUCAGUUCUUCAUGUGCUGUUCUUGUUUCUGCUAUCUAGGCAGCAGGGGGUGCAAUUUCUAUAUUGUUGUCCAAAUAUUAUAUUUCAGGUCUAUGAUAUAUGUGAACGAACUUGUAACGCAUGCAUGUUGCUAGGUUUAUUACUAGCUUUGGUGUGAAAGGUGAUAAUAUAUAUACUUAUGGGAGUACUUGAUCAAGAGAUCGAUCAGCCUGUUUCUAGCUA